GUAACUUAUUUUGGCUGCGGCUUGUAUGCAUGAGGGUAAGUACGUGAUGGGGGAGUUGAAACCGCCAUGGAGAGCAAAGUGUUUUAAACCAUGCGUGAACCCUCCUGCGACUACUGGAGAUCUUCCAUCGUGAGAACCGUUCCUGAGAAGAUAUAAUUGCCGGAAAGGCUUUGUUUCUUUCGUGCUUCAUUUCGCUUCUCUCUUAUUUUUGUUUCGAAGAUCAGAGGGCUGGUUGUGCUCCCUUUGCUAUAUUCUGAGAUUCUCAUCGAUCAUUUCGUUACAUCUCCCCCCCUCAAUAGAAGGACUAUCCAGGACGACGAGGUUCCGACCACAACCAUGAAGGUCAAUCCCGCACCUCUUCGCACCGGCCAAGCCGCUCUCAUGGGUCUCUGUGCGGCUCUCAGCGUCGCAACUCUCGGAACAUCCGCACACACCCUCGAUAUCUUCAACAAGCAACAAACAUCCAACCCAUGGUGGUUACCGCUCUGGCCCCAACACUUCAACGUACACGGCACCAAAGCCCUCGUUGCAACUUCGACGGUCACGUUCGUUCUCUCAGCAGUCUUUCUCGUCCUCGCACUAGUACCACGCUUCAACCUCACGCCCACCGUCCGCGCCCUGCUCGGCCUAGGCACAAUCCUGCCAUCCUCCCUGCUCGCCCUCGUGACCAUCGUCUACGCCCAUAUCCUCAACAGCGACAGCCCCGAGCAGGACACCAUCCAGACCUGGACAUGCAAGUACAAGAACUCGCAGCCCAUGGAGGAGGAGUUUCGGCUUCCUUCUGAAAUGGGAAAUGGGGCUUUCAAAUCGAUCUGCAUGGAGAGCAAAUUCGCCCUCUAUGGCACUCUUGUAGUGUUCCUGCUUCUUGGAAUGAGCAUGUUGCUCACGAUCGUGACGUGGUUGGCGGAUAAGUGGGCGGCGAGGCAGUCGAGGAAGGAGGUUGAGAUGACGGCGCACUAGGGUGGCAGAAGCGCUCAUAAAAUGUUCUGGGUCCCGCGACUUGGGAAGCUGCCAUGCUCGCCCAGGCCAUACAGAGCUCCCAGACAGAUCGAUUCGAAGGAUUGUAGGACAGCUAGGAGAAGG